AUGGUGCGUGAACAUGAAUCUAUUCCUACAGCAAAGUCAGAGUUGAAGUCAUAUCUUGAAGAAGGUGUUUAUGAAUAUCAUGAAAAAACUCAUCUUUCAUUUGAUGCCUUAGAAUGGUGGAGGAGUAAUAGCUUAAAGUAUAAAAUUUUAUCACAAAUGGCAAGAGACAUACUUGGUGUACCAAUCUCUACAGUAGCAUCAGAAUCAACAUUUAGUGCUGGAGGAAGAGUUAUUGAUGCUUAUCGUUCUAGCUUGGCUGAAGAUACCAUCCAAGCUUUAAUAUGUGAUGGAGAUUGGCUACGUAAUAAGUACGACUUGAAGAAAAAACAAAAGGAUGAACCAACAUCUCAGCACGGGAGAGAAGAUGAAGAUAAGUUUUUGGCUACUCUUGAAGUCAUUAUGAUGUCUGUCACAUCUCCAAAAAACAACAUUAUUUGGAAUGGUAAGUUAACAGAGGAAUUCCAACCAAGCAGAGACGUCAGACAAGGAGACCCGAUCUCUCCUUACUUGUUUGUCUUGGCAAUGGAGAAGCUUUCUCAUAUCAUUGAUACAGAAGUGAAUGGGAAUCUUUGGAAGCCAAUAAGAGCUGAUGUUUGA